AUGGGUAGCAGGAGGAAAAAGAAAGCGGCAAAGAAAGCCUUACAUCAUAAAGGGAAGCACACGAACAAGUGUCCACAGGGAUUGGCGGCAGCCAAAGGAAGCGACGGUGGCUCCUACAAUGCGGUUAUGCCACUGUGGUGUGCGGUGGGUUUGACAACGCCGAUCGGAGUCCGGUUCGAAUUCAGUCCAGUUUUGAACACGAACGCGGUCGCAAUGUCCCCGCAAAUCCGCUCCGCAAAUCCGCUGAUCCCGCUGGUGAUCGCAGGUGCCCUUCUCUCGCUGCUUUCCCAGGUGAGCGGCUACUCGGGAACGAUACCCCCGGAUGCAGAUAACCCAGGGAAGUGCAUCUACCGCGGCGAUGUGCUGGAGUUGGGGGUCAAUAAUGGCAUCUCGCCCUGCCAGCGGUUAACGUGCAACAGCGAUGGCUCCAUACUUAUCGAGGGAUGUGGCAAGUUGCGCAUCGAGAACUGCAACCGCGGGGAGCGAAUCCUUCCGGGAGAACCUUUUCCGGAGUGCUGCAAACUGAAGUACAAGUGCAAGAAAAUCGGUGCGGCGCCGUACUAUAUCGAAAGGAAUACGGCGGAGAAGGUCUAGGCGGAUUUACCUAUUAAAUGUAGAGGAUCUGCCCACCAAAGCCAAGGACGCAAUCAAUGUUUCUUAGACGCAACACACACAUAUUCCACAACAUGCUAAUUUAUUUGUCAACUUGUAUUUCUCAAUAAGCACCAAGAUUUGUUUUUUUUU